AUUAAACAGCACAAAAAGCUGAAACAUCUUUGUACGAAAGGAAAAUUUUUAUACUUAUCUGUAUAUUGUGGAGCCAAGAUUUUCGUGAAUCAGCUGGGUGCAUUUACUAGCUUUGCCUUGCCAAACUCGAUCUGGUGGAAUCUGCUAUGAAUUCUGUCAAGCAAAGAGCUGAAAAGACGAAACACCGAUGGCCGCUUUUUGUCUGUUUGUUAUUGGUAUUAUAGGUUUCUUUGCCUUCCUCCCUAUUUUUUCUACUGCACAGCUACACAGUGUAUCUGCAUCACAAUCUCUCAAUCACAACCAGACAUUAGUCUCUCCAGGAAGAAGAUUUGAACUGGGUUUUUUCAGUCCUGGUAGCUCCAAGAACCAGUAUCUUGGAAUAUGGUGUAACAUCCCAGAUAAAACUGUUGUUUGGGUUGCUAAUAGAGUAAACCCAAUCAAUGAUUCUCCUGGUUUGCUGACUAUAAACAGUGCUGGAGAUCUUCUGCUUCUCAGCCAUGAUAACAGGACUGUAAUUUGGUCGUUGAACUUGACGAAACAGGUUGAGAGUCCUCCUAUCUUGCUUCUCCUGGAUUCAGGCAAUCUUGUUUUAGGACAUGACAGAGACAUCAAUUCAGGAAUCUACCUGUGGCAAAGCUUUGAUUACCCCACAGAUACUUUGCUGCCAGGGAUGAAGCUGGGAUGGGAUCUGAAGACAGGCCACAAUCGUGUUGUAACUUCAUGGAAAAGCCCGGAUGAUCCAGCACCAGGAGACUUCAGUUGGGAUCUAGACUUGACUAACUACCCCCAAUCAAUUAUGAGAAAAGGAUCAGAGAAGUACUACCGUGGAGGACCCUGGAAUGGCAUAGGAUUUAGUGGUGUGCCUGCAUUGAAACCAAAUCCAGUUUUCAACAUCAUAUUUGUUUCUAAUGCAGAUGAAGUGUACUAUACUUAUGAACUCAGAAACAAAUCUGAAUUUUCAAGAAUUGUAGUGAACCAAAGUAAUUAUAAGGGUCAGCACUACCAAUGGAGAGAAGAGUCUUCAGGUUGGGUUAUGUUUGCAGAGUUUCCAAGAGAAUCUUGUGACAAUUAUCGCACUUGCGGCAUCAAUGGAAACUGUAAUCCUGGUGGGAUUCCAUUUUGCCAAUGUUUCAAAGGGUUUGAGCCUAAAUCACUGGAGAGUUGGAACCAGUUGAACUGGUCCGAAGGUUGUGUUCGUCGUAAGCCAUUGGACUGCAAGAAUGGAGAUGGAUUUAUUACAUUCAGUGGGUUGAAAGUUCCAGAUACCACAAAUUCUUAUCUAAACACAGCUUUAGAUCUCAAGGAAUGUGGGGAAUUAUGCUUAAGGAAUUGUUCUUGCAUGGCAUAUACAAGCUCAAAUAUUAGUGGAGAAGGUAGUGGCUGCGCCAUGUGGUUUCAUGAUCUAAUUGAUAUUAGACAGUUUCUAUCCGGUGGGCAGGAUCUAUAUGUUCGAGUAUCUGCUUCUGAAAUAGAGGGGAAAACGUGGCCUAAAGUUCGGAAAUCAAUCAUAAUCAGCUGUGCAGUUGCUGUGGCUGUGGCAAUUCUCGUAGCUGCCUACUGCAUUCACAAAAUUAGAACAAAGGAAGUAGAGAAAAAAGGAGUUAACUUGGAAAUUGAUGAGAGCAAUCAAGGAAGAACAGAUGACAUGGACCUACCAUUGUUUGAUCUGGCUACAAUAGUUAACGCCACUGAUAACUUUUCAAUUGAUAACAAGCUUGGAGAAGGUGGUUUUGGUCCUGUUUACAAGGGUAGACUAUUAGAUGGACAAGAAAUUGCUGUGAAGAGACUGUCAAGGAGCUCGAGACAGGGACUUGUCGAAUUUAAGAACGAAGUAAAACUUAUUGCAAAACUUCAGCAUCGGAAUCUUGUAAAACUUCUUGGUUGUUGUGUUCAAGGAGACGACACAAUGUUGGUCUACGAGUACAUGCCCAACAAAAGCCUGGAUUUCUUCAUCUUUGAUGAAAAAGGAGGUAAACUCUUGGAUUGGUCGAAGCGAUAUCAAAUUAUUUGCGGAAUCGCUAGAGGACUUUUAUAUCUUCACCAAGAUUCGAGAUUGAGGAUUAUUCAUAGAGAUCUGAAAGCAAGCAAUGUGUUACUCGACGAGGAGAUGAGGCCUAAAAUUUCAGAUUUUGGCAUGGCUAGAACUUUUGGAGGGGACCAGACUGAAGGAAACACCAAUAGAGUGGUUGGAACUUAUGGUUAUAUGGCACCAGAAUAUGCAAUAGACGGACAAUUCUCUAUAAAAUCCGAUGUUUUUAGUUUCGGAAUAUUAUUGUUGGAGAUAAUUAGCGGACAAAAGAAUCGAGGAUUUUAUCAUCAACAUCAAGGCUUUAACCUUAUCGGACAUGCUUGGAGACUGUGGAAAGAAGGGAAGCCAUUAGAGCUUAUUGAUCCUUUAUUAGGAGAGUCAUGUGUUGUAUCGGAGGUGACAAGGUUCAUCCACAUUAGUCUCUUGUGCGUGCAACAACAUCCAGAAGAUAGGCCAACCAUGUCGUCUGUUGUGCUAAUGUUGAGCGGCGAGAGUGACUUGCCGGAGCCUAACCAACCCGGUUUUCUCCUCGGGAUGAGCAAGAUUUCUUAUCAAGCCAAGUCUACAUCAACUAAUAUCGACUCAUCUUCGACUAAUGAGGUUACUAUUACACUCCUUGAAGCUCGAUAAACAACGUUAAUUCAGUUCAUUUCAUCAGCUUAUCUGGUGAAGAAUGUGCGAAGAUAUACCAUAUAAUUAUUGACUAAAGAAUCCAUUAGUUGUGGUUCUUUAUUCAUUACUUGUCUCUCAAAAAAUCAUACAACGAUAUUAACCAGCUGAA